CUCCAUGUAGCGAAGUCCAACUUACUUCGCCCUACAUCUCUUUCCGAUAUUCAGUUACGCAUCAGAUUCCAAAUAUGGCAGAUGAGCUCUCCGAUGUCAAACCCGGUGAUGUGACAUUCCUCCAGAAACUGAAAGAAUCUGAGAAUUCUGUUGUCUUCAAGGUUGCUGUCCAUGGAAAAAUAUGUGUUAUGAAAGUGUAUCAUACUAGAUGCCGUACAGAUUGCGACCCUACUGAUUACGAAAUUGAUCUCUUCAUCUGUGAAUCUACUGCUUAUCGACGGCUGAAAGCAAAGGGGCUGUGUAAGCGAGGGGUUAUUCCUGACUUCUACGGAACAAUCACAAAUAUACAACCGAAUUCCUGGCCAGACUUGCAUAUGUUUGUUGGCGAUAAGCUACCUCCUAAUGCCGUCCUGAUCGAAUAUGUCGCAAACAUGCAACAAAUUAGUUUGGACAAUUUUUCAGAACUUCGCCUGGAGAAACUGCGUCGUAUCCUUGAUGAGAUUCAUCAGGCUAAGGUUCUCCAUGGCGACCCGAAGCCAAGGAAUAUGAUGGUAGUAUCGGGAGAGCAAGAGCAAGAUCGAGUUCUUUGGGUUGAUUUUGACUCUGCUCAAACAUUUCCAGAAGAAGAGCCUCUUUCCCCAAAACAGGAACUGUGGUUCAGGGAGGAAGUUGAGAUGAUAGAAUAUUUUAACGAAGCUCUAGCUCAAGAUUUCAAGGAGGGUAAACUUGAUCGCGCAUAUUCUUAUUAUUAUGAGUGGUACGUUAAAUAGGCUUACUCGAGCACUCUAGCUAGAAGACUUAAUCGAGCAUUUUAGAGACUCGAGAAUAUGUAUAUAUUUUCGAUACAGACGAG